AUGAGGCCAACUAACCGGCUUCAUCAUUUAUUUUCUCAGGCGCUCUUUCCUGAUCUUCCAUCGGCACCGGAUUUAGAUGAGAUUAUCGGAGGGUCAGAUGAAGAAAAUGAUUCGGGACCCGAAGGUCAUGAGGAACUAACAGCACCAGAGCUCGUGAAGCGACUCCGUUUUGUACGUCAUCUCUGCGGCUCCUUACCCCUCCAUCUCGUGUGUAUUUUGGAAGCUCACUAAAAUCAUUCUCUCCACCAUUCUUAGGCCUGGCAGAACGAGAAGUUGGCUCCAGAACUGCUUGUCGCCCGUCCUCAGUUGGUUGGUCUUGUUCAAGAAGAGCUCGAACGUCUGGAGAUCCGCGCGAAAAUAUUCCCUAAGGGUGACAUAAAGUCUCAACUAAUCUUGAUGCAGGUACUUCUUGACAUUCACUAAGUCAUCAAGUGGGUCAAAUUACUCAACACGCCUUCACAGUUUCACGUAUUACAGCUCGACUCUUUCAUGCUACACUACAGGUCGACCGCCUACGUUUCAUGCUCAAAGAUUACCUACGGACGCGGAUUAUGAAGGUACGCGUGAGUGGUUGGGAGACGCCUUAAACAAUUCUGAUUGGCACUGUGUCUGUAUCUCGCAGACAACGGAGGCUUUAUCUCAUUAGUCAGUUCCUUUGAAACAUUAUGCGAAAGCACCUCUAUUUUUCUGGCCUGUUCCUUUAUCUUCUUUAAAAUUAAAACUUAACUCUCUUCCUAAACAACCGUAGGCUGAAUCCCUUCUUCAAUCGCAUUAAUAUUAAUUAAAUGUCAGAAUAUGAGGGCCACAUGGUCUUUUAGAGGUGCAUGUUAUAGCCAGGAAAAUUAGUUUUGCUCAUCUGCCAAAAGUUAGCUUAGCUUCGCAUUUGGCGACAAAACAUGACUGUGUAUAGAUGUUUUUCAAAUCCAGGAAGGUAGAGCAGUUAAAGCUGCUAUUGGAUCAAGUUAUGUUUAUCUGAUUGGCACUAAAAUACUUCCGAAUUUGGCGCCUACUAAAAAUCGACUUCAUUAUGUGGUCACCCAUACCUUUGGCCACGAAAAUUUCGUGAACGCAGCACCUCGGGGUUUUUUUGUCAAAAGAACAUUUGAAUCUACAUGUGGAUAAGCAGGCACUUUAGAUUCCUUCUGAUGAUCACCGCAAUAGUACUCGAAAGUUCCUUUCAAAUUCAUGACGUUCUGUCGUACAUCCUGAAGCCUGACACCUGUCAGUCCCCAGAUUUGUGUUCUUUCCCCAUUUGGUAUCGUUUUCCUCCUUGUCGGACUUCGUUUUACCCGCAAUGAGGAUGUCGUGGGACUUUUUGCUGCGUUUUGAUUCUUCGAAUUGGAGAAAGCAUUUUAAACUCUAAACUCCCAGAAUCGUCAUCAAAAGACAACUUGGCUACUGAUCUGAUUCGCCUCCUAUGAAGGUCUUUCGUAACGAGCAGAUUUAGCACUGUUGGUACACAGGUACAUAAUGGGUCUUUCCAGCUGUUCUUGGCCGACUCCGACCCUUAGCCUUAUAAGUCUACACCAGAGGCAUACUUCCUGAAAAUAAUCAGUACUGCAACUCGAGUAGAUUCAAGCCCAAGGUUACUGAGACAAGUUAAAUUAAGACACUAAUCGUUUCUGUUGUUACGAAGCUGCUUUAUGAAGCGAAUACCUGGACAAUAUACAAGAGACAAACGCGGAAACCCAAUCACUUCAAUACCAGCUGUCUUCAAUGAAUCCUAAAGCUGAGGUGGCAGGACAGGAUCCUGGGCAUGGAAGUUUUGGAUGGACAGGAAUCCUCAGCAACUGCAACUGUGAUGGAGCACCAACCCAACGAGAAUGGACGAUGAACGACUACCCGAACAACUCUUCUACGAAGAUGUCGCUACGAGUGCUCACCAAUAAGGAAGUCAAACAUGCCGCUACAAGGACUUCGUAAAGAAUUUAUUAAGGCGUUUAUAAAUCAACCUGAAAACCGCGCACAGGACCGACAGGCGUAGAGAACAAUUAAGAUUGCAACAGUACUCUAUGAAGCCAACUGGGCAACCGCUGCCAAAGCCGAAAGAGUGGCGCACAAGCCUCAAGCGACCCUACCUACAACGCCAACCCCAACCUCGUCCAACAUGCCCACACUGCCAAAGCACUUUUUGCGCCGAAUAGGCCUCGUAGGACACCUCAAAGUCCAUUGCAACAGCAAACCAACAACCUCGACUGCUGACUCCACAACCAUCCCCAUCAUCACCCCAUGCAUCAACCGUAAACGCGUGCGACGACCCCCCUUACCGCCAAUGAUCACUCCCGAUGCCCUGCCUCGACUACCGCGACGAUGGCGAUGACUACCGGUUUUCUAACUCGCCAUCAGUGAGAACAUUCCCAAUGCCUCGUCAAUCACUACUCUCACUAUCGUCCCCACCAGCAGCGGUGUGGACAGCGUCUCAACCUGUUCUCAUUGCGACCGCACAUUCACGAUUCGGCUAGAUCGAUCACUUGCGAUGCAAUCACACAGGGGCUGGGAGACCAGUGCCUGGAGCACCAAAAUGCAGCCGCCGCCAUCGCCCCAACUACUCGCAUUGCCCAUGCACAUUCAGCCACCGCAUGAAUCUACUCGGUCACAUGCCUCCACAAAAAUCUGCGGUCAACCGCCUCAGACUCGACCUCACCACCACACAUUUCCCCAUCAACACGUUCACCACUCGUGAUCAUCUGCAGCAUCACACGACGCGGGCACAUCCGUCGUAAGUGAGAAGUGUGUUCUUCGGCCACUCCAUGCGGCUCCUCGGCUACAUUUGAGAUCUGGGCAGUCUAACUCCUAUGCAGAAUCCUGGUGUGUGCGCAUGGGAGCUAAGACCGUGUGUAGCACGCGCAGAUGUGCCACUCAGCUCUGUCAGCCACCUCUCCAAAUCUCAGCAUCAGUUAGUUGGCCGGCUUGGACAAUUAACUGCUGCACGGUAAAGGAUAGAGCGAGUAAUGUCGAAUCUCAGCGCAUAAUUAAUCACUAUAAACAAACUGACACGCGUGAAACUACCAUAGUGCGAUAAAAGGUGGGACUUAGGAGGUUGCUGACGAUUUAAGUCAGAUCACAGAGUCAGCCCAGUGUGUGUUUGCGCUUUAAAUUGCCCACUGGUGGGCAAGGUGCCAGAACUACCGCGGCAUAAGCCUCAUUGACGUUGCUGCGAAGAUCUUCGCCAUUGUUCUUCGCAGGUGAUUCCAGGCUGUGCAUGGCUCUAGGACGAGGCCCAACCGAGCCGGAUUUGGUGCCAGACGUGGAUGUGCGAACCAGGUUCUCACGCUGAGACGCAUUUUUGAAUUUCAGCAUAGCUCACAGCUACCAACGGCCGUCUGCCUUAUUGGUUUUGUCGUUGCGUUCGAUUCCGUCCAUCGUUGGCCCCUGUUGCGGAUAAUGGCACUAGAUGGUGUAUUGCCAAAAAAAUCAUCGCCAUGAUCAAGGCCUAUUACAUCUCCACCACUGCUCGAGUUCUGGUCCAUAACAAUCUUUCCCGACCGUUCGACAUUUGGUCUAGCGUUCAAGAGGGUUGUAUCCUGCUGCCCAUUCUGUUCAACUACGCUAUUGACCGCAUUCCCGGGAGGGCUCUACACGAAAGUGACGGUGUUGAGUUUACACUCGGAAACCGACUGAUUGAUCUCAAUUAUACCGAUGAUAUUGCCUAGCCUCAAGUUUUGGCUAUCUGCAGUCUAUGGCGUCACAGGUAAAUGAGGUUACUUAAUCGGUCGGUUUAUCCAUAAACUGUGCGAAGUGUUUUCAAACUUGAUCCCUGACCAGGAGAAGACACCUCACAGGGUUGAUAACUGUCAACUUGGAGAAGAAGACAGUUUUAAAUACCUCGGGGCGAGACUGCCGCGAAAUAGGCAGAGUAAGGUCGACAUCUCCCGAAUUAAUGCUACCGGUCGGGUCUUCUCAAGCCUUAGAAAAUGCCUAUUGAUCCGGCGCGAAACCUCAAUCGCUACUAAGAUUCGCGUGUACCGUGCAUCCGCCCGGUCUGUCCUCUAUAAUUGUGGAUGCUGGGCCAUGCGCGCGGAGGACGAGCCGUACUAAGUACAAGUGGUGGACUGAGUCAGGACGCGAUGGCUCCUUAAUGACAUUCUCACACAUGUUGGAUCCUAUCCGCCUACCACCUUUUGUGUGUAAUUCUGGCUUGUGGGUUUGCAAGGCCAGGUCGUGUAUGUGGUGCUCGCAGAUGGGCUCUAACGCUGUCAGCCACUGCGCCCACUCUCCGCAUCAGACAAUCGAACCGCGGACUGGUUCCCGAGAGUGGAAAGAGAAAAGUCAACGGUCUCAGCGCAUAUUCCUCACUGCAAACAAUCUGGCGUGCCGGAGACUAUAAUGGUGCGCUAGAAACCGUGGCUUGGAUGGCUGCCUUGUCUGCCGCCACUGUAAAACAAAUCAAGCGCAAGUCACCGUCCCUGCUCGCCGCUGUGGAGCUGACGGUGGGCGUCGCCGGAAACGACGGUCGAAUUGUCAGUCGUUUCGCAAUUGAGCAGGUUCGUUCAAAGGUCCAAUUUCUAGGUUAUACUAUGACCUGUAGAUUGCUACGCAUGUGACUCGUUGUAUUGCCUGCAGAGGGUGUGUCUGUUUGCCAGCAGAAAUUAUAUUUUCUCCCGUAUCCCUACUAGUUUAUAUCUCAUGACUUCCGUUCCAGAUUCAGCAAUAUCCUGAGCAUAUCAUGGCCGAAGAGCGGUUGCGACCGCGCACCGAAGAACCUCAUCUCACUGCCGAAGAGUUCAGUUUCGCAAAAACGUACGCAUUUAUAAUUGCUUCCAUGGUUAUGCUAGAGGACUUCGUAGCCCUCUCACCGCUUGAUAACUUGUUUUGUGUCAGUAGCAGUGACUUAAAACCCGUCCAAAAGCAAAAAUAGAUGCGCCUUGUACGCACGUCUGACUAGCAUUGUGUUAUGGUAAUAAUUCAGUCUUUUCUUGAUCAUCUGUGCCUAUGCGACACCGUCCAAGCAUAAUCACGUCAUGGACAUUGGGACGCACGGCAAUAUAACAAUGAUUCCCGAGAUCGCCUGGCGGUCACACGCGAGGACGUGCGCAAGCACGAGGUAGAAGGGGGCACGUCGGCGGAGGGUUAAUUUAUGCUCUUUAGUGCGGGUCCCCAGACGUAGACCUGUAUGGCCAAUAUAAACACAAGAGUAGUUAGUGCACGAGAUGCUGUAAAUGACACCAGCUGAAUGCACUUUGGAUAUUAGGUCCUUUACUGGGCCAUAUGUUGCGCGUAGGGAGGAUGCGGACUUGCGAGGGAGAUGCCAAAGCGCUUUGCUUGUCGGGAGAUUGUUUCUGAAAUUUCUUGAACGUAAGACAGGAAAUAGAAUUUCCGCAACACUUUAUCUCCGUUAGAAUCGAGGCCGCUUCUUGGUUGUCUCCGGCGUCUGCGUUGUUGACCGUCUUGUUUGCCAUCGCGUUCGGACUCCCGCUGACCCACUUUUGAAUUAGGACAUCUUGGAACAUUAGCUAAUUGUUGUCCUCCUCCGUUAUAAGCUAUGCGUCAGCAAAAACGGAGUUUGGGAGCGCGCUUGAAGAAGGCGAUGGUACCGCCCACGUAGUAUUGUUCCGCAAGCUGCGAACACUAGCGCUUCUAUCUCUUGGAGAAUUCAGGCUGAGUUUGUAUGAGUCCCUAACUAUUGCUGCACAUGCUGUUAUUUCAACCGCUGCGUUUAUUCGGCCGACAGGUUCGGAAAGCCCACAGGUGUAUAAGAGUGGACCGAGUGCCGAGGUGCCCUGCCCCACGCAAGCACAGUGCCUUUCUCGCUGAUCAGUCUGAAGUAUUCCAGUCAAUAAUGACGCGCUACUUGCCGUGGCCCGAAAAGUUACCAGAUGAAGACGUAACUAACUUAUGAGAGUGGGCGCUCACCGUUCAGGUUACGGAACAUGCUCGUUCCGUUGUGCCUUGGGGCUCAUACUAGAACCCUUGCAGGCAGUUGCACAGCGACUAGUAGAAUGAUCUAUAUCAGGUGGCUGAUGACGGCUAAUAAGCCAGAAAUGGCCAUUCCGGUCUCGUCUUUGUCGGUACCACCUGAGUUACGUAACUAAUUUGUUUGGAAUGACGUUCAGACUGCAGUGCCGUCCAACGUAACCUUUGUGAAGCCUCCCACUUUGCGUCACGUCAGUCUCUAUGUCAAAUUUCCUUCCCAAUCAGCCUGGUUCGGACAGACUUCAUACGAGAAAAAGAGACGUAGAUCGAUCCAGCCGGAAUAAGGCUCAUAACUUAUCCUAAGUAACCGAACGCACUUUAAAACUGUCAGUGUGAAAUCCUCGUCAGGACGGAGGGUCAUAUGUUGGCUUUUUCGUAAUGUAGCCUUAAUGGCGCUCGCAUGUAAAGUCCGAAAGCCCCUCUGGAAAACUCGGUUAAGGAAUUAGCUUAGGUGUGAGACGGGUAGACGAGCUGCUUGCCUCUAUCAACUACGUCUGCAGUUCUCUCGACUUUGUCCAGCUGUAGUUCGACCGUCGUUGUCGACGAUGUCCAUCGUGUGCUCCACAGCAAGGUGAGGCCAGCACGGUGACUUUCGCGUGAUUUAGUUCACAGUGAAUAUAGACUUUCGCCGCAUCUACCUUACUCUCUCCUCCCCUCCUGGACCCGGUGUCAAGACAUAUUCAAGAAGACCGGAGACAGGGGAGGGCGCAGGUAGAUGGCACGGUCGUGCUGUACCUUGUCGCUCCACUCCACACUCACUGGUCCCGCAGCAAAGGACCACGAUUUUAAUCAACAACAAAAGGGGCGGGUAGGGCCGAAGCCACACCCAGGCGUGCCGUCACACCCGGCUCGGAUCCCACGGAGUGUGUGAUAAAUGCCACAUUAAGAAGGAACCAUUGCAGCCUGACUCUCAGACCAUCAGUCAGCCGCUCUACAGAAACACACACUGGGCCGAAUGUGUGGUCUAAGUUAUCCCGUCAGUUGACAACCUUCCAAGUCACGGCCUUUAGCGCACCGUGAUAACUUCAAGCGCCUCAGAUUGAUAUUCCGUCCUUAUAUAAAUAACAGACAGUUUCCUGCCUAAGGUAUGUUCAGGCUCAACUGA